AUGCCAACCGCCCCGGCCGACUCCACCCUCGUCUCAAAGUGCGCUGCCUUCGACGCCUUUUCCGCCGGCAAGCGGCCGGCAGGCGGCAACGUCGUCCGCGGCGUCCGCUGGUCGCCCGAUGGCUCGUGCCUGCUCACCGCGAGCGAGGACUGCGCGCUGCGCGUCUUCCACCUUCCGAGCGAGGUGGCGCACGAUGCGUACGCCACCACCUGCGCCGCGGUGGAGGCCGAGCGCGGCGACGGCAGCGGCGGCGGCGACGGCGCUGCCACGGCGAGCGAAAACGGCAACGGCGCGGUGACGGGCGGAGGCGGUGGCGACUCGGAAGAGGAGCUGAGGCCGGCGCUGCGGAUCGACGAGGGCGAGUCCGUGUACGACUACGCGUGGUACCCGCUAAUGUCUGCCCACGACCCGAUGACGUGCUGCCUGCUCAGCACAAGCCGCGGCCGGCCGGUGCACCUGUGGGACGCCGUCAGCGGGACGCUGCGCGCCUCGUACGUCGGCUUCAACCAUCUCGACGAGGUGGACGCCGCCAACUCGGUCGUCUUCGAGCCGUCGGGCCGCUUCAUCUACGCGGGGCGCCGCGCGGCAUUGCCAAUGCUCCAUCGACGCGGUGCAGGCGGCCCCAAGCCAAAGGGGUGGACACGUGCCGCCAACAACGCCUUCCUAAUCCACUUUGGUGUGCGCACGGGCGGUGCUCCAGUGGACGCCACUGCCGACGGCGCCGCCGCCGACCCGCCCGCCGCCGACCCUCCCACCGAGGAGGUCGACGGAGCUGCAGACCCAGCGAUGCAGUCCGAGGCCGCCGCUCCGGCGGCAGAGGCUGACGUCCCGAUGGCGCAAGCGCUGAGCGAUGCCGAGCUUUCAUCAGAUCACGAGCACGAGGAGCAGCCGCUGCUCCAUGAGCAGCGGCUUGCAACAGUCAACCAGGAGCAGGCACGGCUUGAGGCGCUGCGUUGGACCGAGGAAGAGGUGGCUUUGUGA